AUGGAUACUGUUCCCGAUCAAGCCACUAGUAUAUGCCCUCACUGUGAUCGGGCUAUUCCUGCUGCAAACAUUGAUUUGCAUUCUGUUCAUUGCUUACGGAACCUUGAAAAGUGUAAGGUUUGUGGUGAUAUGGUGCCCAAACAACAUGCUGAGGAUCAUUACUUGAACACGCAUGCGCCAGUUGCAUGUUCAUUGUGCAGUGAAACAAUGGGGCGUGAUAUUUUAGAUAUCCAUAAAGGUGAAAAAUUCCCUCAAAGGAUUGUCACCUGUGAGUUCUGCCGUUCUGGUGGUCUUAGUGUAUGCUUAGCUCAUUCUGAUGGGCAACUUGUAGGUGGAAGCAUUGCCGGACCCAUCAAACCGCGAGCACCCCAAGUGUCUCCGAUAUACAACCUUCUGUGA